GUUCGCUAGUUGCUAAAACGCUGGAGCAGACUGGCGCUAGCUAUGUUUAUUUAACCACAGUAACAGUUGUUGAAAACCUUGCAAGAUGAGUUCUUCUGACAAAAGAUGUAAAGUUACAAAACGAUCUGCAUCUCCAGAUGAAACAGGAUCCACACAAUGGGAAUCAGCGGACUUGGGGACAGACGAAAGGAAGCAUAAGUUUUUGAGACUGAUGGGAGCAGGAAAGAAAGAGCACACUGGACAGCUUGUUAUUGGGGAUCACAAAUCAACGUCCCAUUUUCGAAGUGGGACAGAGGAUCAGAAGAUCACUGCUGAGCUGGAGCACCAGUACCAGAUGGGUCUUGAUGGGAAGCUUUCAGGAAGGAAUAGGAGACACUGUGGUCUGGGAUUUAGUGAGCCCGAUCCACCAGCUGAGUGUCAGAGCACUGCUGCCUCAGAGCAAUCAGAGAGUUCAGAUAAGACCCCUGAGCAACCAUCAGAACAACACAAGGAAGAGAAAACACUUUCAUCUGACACAGAGCUCAAGAAGCAGGUGCAGGUCACAGACAGAAAGGAGGACAAGAAAAAGACUUUGAAAAUGGCAUUUGUAAAAGCAACAUAAAUGGGAGGGAAACAUGUUUAUAACGUUGAGAUUUUUUGCUGUAACCUUUAGUAAGUAAUGAUGGCAAAUUAUUUUAUUUCUUUAAAAAAUUGUUUUUCAAUUUUCAAUGUCAUUUUGUCUGUGCCUGCCAAAUUAUUUGGACUUGCUUGGCCUUAUCGAGUCACAGUGGGAACUGAUUGUCUCCAUAUUGAAUGGUUUACCUGCAAAUUAAAGUUCUGUCAUCAUCUACUCACCCUCUUGUACUCUAAUGAAAUGAGGGUACGGGGGAAAAUAGUGCAUGGGUUUUGAAAGACAUGAGGGUGAGUAGAUGAUAACAGAAUUUUCAUUUUUGAGGAACUGUUACUUUAAGCAGGGUUGUUGUCGAAUUAUCAGGUCUAUUGGUCAAGAAGAAUGAAAUAGAGGAAAUAUUCAGAUAAAAAUGUAAAUUGUGUGUAUUUAAAGGAGUUUGAAAACUUGAUGCCAAUAAAGAGUUAAACCAACGGUUCUUUGAUUAGAAUAGAGAUCAAAAAAAAAAAAAGUCAAUAUAUUCCAGAUAAUAUUUUUAAAUAAGUGGUACUUAAAUUAUACUUAAAACGUCUAUUAAAGGUGCUGUAUGACAUUUUUUCUUGGAAAAGUAUGCAAAAACUUGUCCCAUUCCCUUCAAGAUAUUCAUGAAAUAAGUGUCCUGAGAUAGCUCACCAGUCUCUGUGAAAGCUGUAGACUUUGUAAACAGCAAACAAAAACAGCGUACUGCAGAGAUUGAUUCUUUUCACCUGUCAAUCAUUUUGCUCCUCAGUGUUGUAUUUGAAGCAGACCAUUUGAGGCUAUGAUUCAUAAUGUUUGUCAGUCAAGGCCGCUAUUGUUCCACAGGAAUGAGGCUGUUAAUAAGUUUUUAAUAAGAUGCCAUUUUAAAAAAGACAUGCAAUGCCUUCAUAUGUAAUAAACUUGUGUCACAUAAACAGUGUUU